GUUACAGUGAGCCGACCUCUUGCAAAUGGUCUCAUACGACCCUUGGUUAAAACAGAGUCCUGGGAGGUGGGCCCUGUUGUGACUCCCACUGGCUUGCCUGGGGUGGUGACAGGCCGAGCUUCCAGGCCAGGCAGGGGGACGCGGAUGCCUAUGUACCUAGGGUCCCUGCUUCACUACCUGCCCCACCUGCCCCCUUGCCAGGAGGCGGGGAGGGUGGGGGAUGAAGCAGCGUCUGGGAGGAAGGAGGGCGACUUGACUUGGGUUGCCCAGGGUGGGUUUGCCUGGGGAGCAAGAGGUAAUGGUAGAGUGGUUAGUAAUUCAGGGUUUGGAGCCGAACCCCGAAGGGUGUGCCACUCAUUCUCGGAGUUGCCUUUUAUUUGUUCCUUUUCUUCCCUGGGACUCUGCUUCCUCACCCUUUAUAUAGGGACGACAGCUCCCAUCUCAUUGGGAUAUUUAAGGAUCAGGUGAGAACUUGGCUCUGCAAGGAGCCUUGCAAGCCGAAUGGCUCUGGAACAUUUUGGAGGUUGUAACUGGCGUUCCUAUGAAACCCAGGUGGGGGCAGCCUUCCUCUUGGAGGGGCUCGGUGGGACAGGGAGGAGGUAGCAAGGAUUUGGAAAGGUGAGGCCAAGAGAGGAAGGAGAGAGCAGCCUGGCUGGGGGAGGGCUCUAGGGCGGGGUGUCUUGACCUUGGCACUCCUGACCUUUGGGGCCAGAUCCUUCCUUCUUGAGGGCUGUCCUGUGCAUUAGAGGGUGUUAGGCAGCAUCCCUGACCUCUACCCACUAGAUGCCUGUUGCACCCCCACCCAGCUAUAAAAAUCAAAAAUGCUUUCAGAUAUCGCCAAGGCCUCCUUGAAAGGGCAAACCGGUCCCCCCUAAAGGACCACGGGGUGGACUAAGACACCAGGUUGGACGAGCCUAUGAAGCAUCUUGACUGCUGCACAGCAGUAGUUAGUGACUUGCCCCCCUCCAUCGCCAGGAUGCCAGGAGCCCUUCUGAAGGCAGUCAGCCAGGUUCAGGGUGCACCGCAUGGUCAAGAGUGGCUGUGUCCAGGCCUGGGCUUGGCCACGACAUCUGACUUUUGCUUCUCGCAGGUUCCAGUCUCCAGCCACCGCAACCCCCUGCUGGACCUGGCCGCCUACGACCAGCAGGGCCGCAGAUUCGACAACUUCAGCUCUCUGAACAUCCAGUGGGAGUCGACCAGGCCGUCGCUGGCCAGCAUCAACCUUGACCUGCCCAUGCAGCUGGUGGCCCGGGACGAUGGGAGCGGCCAGAAGAAGUUGCACGGUUUGCAGGCCAUCUCGGUGCACGAGGUGUCGGGAACCACAGCCAUCUCCGCCACCGCGACUGGCUACCAGCAGUCCCACCUCAGCACGGCCAGAGUGGUGCAGCCGCACGACCCUCUCACGCCUGUGUCGGCCUCCAUGGAACUCAUCCUGGUGGAGGACGUGAGGGUGAGCCCGGAAGAGGGGACCAUCUACAACCACCCCGAUGUGCAGGCUGAGCUGCACAUCAGAGAAGGCUCUGGCUACUUCUUCCUCAACACCAGCACCACAGACGUCAUCAAGGUGACCUACCAGGAGGCCAGGGGCGUGGCCACGGUGAGUACGGGCCCAUCUCCACUAUCCUUGUCAUCCCUCGUCCGGUGGCCUUGUGGUUAUCAGAUUGGUUGUGUCAGAAGCAGGUGCUCAAUCGCAGCAGAUGCGACUUGUAACGUCUUUAGAGUCUCUGAUUCAUUGUUCGCGAAACUUCCAUCAUUUGUGACUUUUGUUCCUUCUCUGCAAACUACCCACACUCUUAGUUAGCUAAUGGUUUCCUGUCAAUCAGUCUGUGAAUUAAAACAUUAUCAUAUAAACACAAGUCUGACAACCGUAAGGAAGAUUGCUUUUUUUAAAACAAAGUUUACUGAUUUAUUUUGAAAGAGGCAGAGAGAAGAGAGAGUGGGAAACAGGCUCUGUACUGUUAGCACAGAGGCCAACACGGGGCUCGAUCCCACGAACUGUGAGAUCGUGACCUGAGCCGAAAUUAAGAGUUGGACGCUGAACCGACUGAGCCGCCCCAGGCCCCCCAGGAAGAUUGCUUUUGAAAGAUGUAUCUGCUUUUUGUGUUUUCCCAUAUUCCUUUCUUGACCUUCUUCCUAUUCUUGCAAAUAUUGACUUAGCUGUGCCUGUGAUAUGGAAGAAUUUAGUAUUCUGCUUUGGUCAGUGGUUACACCCUUAGUUUUUUUUUCCUCCCCGUGUUGCUCUGUAGGCUGGCUGAUUAUUUCUAUGCUGUCAUUUGUACUUAGCCAUUCUCUCUUUGUAGAGCAUUUCGGUUGUUUAAAUCUCUCUCUCUCUCUUUUUUUAAAUAGCCGUAUAGUUGUAGCAAAGGGUAAAAACAAACACCAGUAUCCUAAAUGUCUGCAUAUCUGCACAAUGAGUUAUUUUUGCAGUUACGAAAACCGAACUUCCUUUAAAAUAAACUCACUACGGAAUGUGUCAGAGAACGUAUCAGACCACUACCAGAAGUCAUAAAUGUAGGCGGCCAAGAACAAAGACAUGACACCUAAGUCGUGUCAUUAAAUUGCCACUGUGCUGUUGCCUUUGGGCGGCUCCAGAGGUCCUUUUCUCGGUUUGCAUUCACUGACCAUCUUGACACGGGUGUCACGAAAUUAUUUGCCUCUGGAGUGGGAUAGGUGGAAAGUAAAUGAGGGACAUGAGCAGGGUUUCCCAUGAGGAACGUACCUGGAAGUGUGGGAGAGGCUUAGUUUCAGUGUCAGAGAGUAGUAGGGGGUGGUGGGGACUGUGGCAGAGUGGAAAGCAGAGACUGUGUCUAAGGGACAGCUGCGGUGUGCCUCUAGUGGCCUUUUGUUAUUUUUAAAAAGGUUUUUAUUUUUGUUUUCGAGAGAGAGAGAAAGCACACAAGGGGGGGUGAGGGGCAGAGGAGGAGAGAGAGAGAGAAUGAAUGAAUGAAUGAAUGAAUCCCAAGCAGGCUCCAUGAUCAGUGCAGAGCCCAGGGCAGGGCUCCAUCCCACAACCCCGGGAUUAUGAGCUGAGCUGAAAUCAAGAGUCCAACGCUCAACCGCCUGAGCCACCCAGGCAUCCCUUUCUGUUGGUUUUUAACAACAGCUUAAUACUGUGGUAUAAUUCCUAUGCCAUACCGUCCACCUAUUUAAAGUGUGCGAUUCAGUGGUGUCUAAUACAUUCCUAGCAGGUGCAGCCAUGACCACAGUCAGUUCUGGGGCGUUUUCAUCACCUCAAACAGAAAGCCCGGACGGUUGAGCCAUCUCCUCCCUGCUUUUACACACACACACACACACACACACACACACAAGAGUGUUGGACUUUGUCAAAUGCUCUGUGUCUCUUGAAAUAUUGAUGUGGUUUUUUGUUUUUUAUUCUGUUGAUAUGAUGAAUGGUGUUAGUUGCCUUUCAGAUGUUAAACCAACCUUGCAUUCUUGGGACAAGCGCUACUUGAUCGUGACAUAUAGUUCUUUUUAUAUGGAACUGGGCUAAUAUUUUGGCGUGCUAAUAUUUUGGCGGGUUUGUGUCGUUAAGAGUCGUAAGAGAUGCUGGUCCGUGCUUUUCUCUUCUGUGAUUUCUUUGUCCAGUUUGGGUAUCAGGGUGACAUUGGCCUCACAGAAUGGCUUAGAAGUGUUCCUUCUUAUUUUUGGAACAGUUUAUGUAGACUUGGUAAUAAUUACUCUUUUAAAAAAAAAUAAAUGUUUAUCCAUUUUAGAAAGAGAGAGCAGGGGAGGCGCAGAGCAAGAGAGGGACAGGGGAUCUGAAGCGGGCUCUGAGCUGACAGCAAGUGAGCCCGAUGUGGGACUCAAACUCAUGAACUGUGAAGUCAUGACCUGAGCCAAAGUCGGACGCUCAGCUGACUGAACCACCCAGGCGCCCAGCUAAUAAUUACUCUUAAAUGUCUGGUAGGAUUAACCGGUGAAGCCACUGGGCCAUCAUCUUUCCUUCGUGGGUAGUUUUUUGAUUAUAAAUCCAGUCUCUUCGUUUGUUAUCGGCCUAUUCACAUUGUUUCUUUCUGAGUCAGUUUUGGUGGCUUGGGUCUUUUGAGGACAGUUGAGGUUUUUCUUUGUUUUUGUUAUUUGUUUUUACAUUUUUUUACAUUCUUCCAGUGGUCGGCCUUGGUCUUUACCUGUCUGUGGAAAGGACGCUUUUCCCUGGUAUGGCCCUUCAGUGAAGGGUGAGGAAACACGUCAUAAUGUUCCUGUUCCUCUCAGAGGCACAGUCUCACAUGGCAGGACCUCUGAGGUGUGUGGCCGUAAAUCAGAACAAGAAAACACGAUCUCUCAGCACCUGGGAAUAAAUGUGUGCUGCUAGAAGCCCGAGAUCAUAGGAAGCUGUCCCCUGAGCAUUUUUGUUCCCUUUAUGAAAGAAAGAAUAAUUCCCUGGCCAUCCCUCCUGCCAUGUAAAUGAGUAUUUGCUGUCACAUCCUUCAUAUUAAAAGGAAAAGCUCAAAUCGUAAAUAAUUCUGACUGCUUGAGAUAUGCCUUGCUUUGCUUUACUUCUGGAAAUUAAAAAUAACUCCCCUGUUAUCAGGAAGAGGGAAGUUUCAGGGCCCCUGGGUGGCUCAGUCAGUUGAGUGUCCAACUUUGGCUCAAGUCUUGUAGUUCACUAGUUCGAGCCCCACGUCGGGCUCUGUGCUGGCAGUUCAGAGCCUGGAGCCUGCUUCAGAUUCUGUGUCUCCCUCUCUAUCUCUGCCCCUCCCCCACUCGUGCUCGCUCGCUCUCUCUCUUUCUCAAAAAUAAACAUUAAAAAAAAUAAAGAAGAGGGAAGUUGCAGUUCAGAAAAAUGUGCACAGUGCCAACAAUACUUGGGGACCCCUUUACUCAUAUUUACCUCGCACCAUACGUUUUGAGUAAGCCCUGAGGAUAAACCUGCAGCCAGAGAGAGAACUUUCCUCCAAGAACAAAUGCUUUGAAGAGCCCGUGUUGGACUGGGCUGCCUCUGUAGGUAGUGAGUGCCCCGUCUCUGGAGGCAACCAAAUGGGAGCUGGGACCCUUGUCUGGAAGACUAGAGAUUGGAUUUCAGCAUCAGAGGCAAGUUUCCCCAGGUGACCUGUGAGCCCCUGUUUAGUCCUACAAUUCUGCAGUUCCCUGUGCAGUCCCUCUCAGCAACAGAUGCUAGGAUUCUCCAAUCAAGACAAAUAUUAAUGUCCCCAUUUUACAGAUGGUUCUAGUAGAGCUAUAGCCCUUCUCUCUUGCCUGUGGACUGGCCCUUUGCUCGCAUGUCUCAUUGCUUUGUGGCCCUUAUGGAAUGGGACACGGUGCCCAGUGCAGACAUCCCACAGGACAAGCCUAGCACACUAUGGACGUACCAGCAGCAGCCCGUGUGACAGGCCCUGCAAGAGUCGCUUUUGCCCCAGAAGGUGUCCUGAAGGCACCUUGAGCCCUGGUGUCUCUGCUUCCCAUCACCUGUGCAGAGACCUCUGCACCUCGAGGUGGAGAUUGGGAUCCGGUUCCCCCUUGCCUCUUCUGUAACCUGCCAGGGAAGUUUUUCAUGGAGCGUUGACAAUCUGUGACAGAUCCUAGCAGCUUCUCUCAGACGGUUGUUUCUGAAGGACGUUUACACAUUUCUUUGGCAUUUUCCAGCUGCUAAUUAGCAACAUUCUCAUUUCCCUUAAUCACAGAGACAAGAAAGCCCACAGGAGUUUUUCAAUUAGCUCAUAGAAAAUGUUUCUUUCUUUCCUAUUGAUACACAUUCGGGAUGCAAGAAUGGCUUCUGGGUGUUUCGGCUUCUGAGCGUCUGUCUCUGGAAGGCAGCCGCGGAGCUCACGCACCGGGCCCAUUGUGGGGCCCAUUGUGGAGCCUAUUAUGUCCCCACAAUGCAUGGAGGGCUGUGCGGAAUUCUGCUCACACCCCCUAAAACUCUGCAAGGGGCCUUCGUUUCAGUUUUGGCUGGGUUGCCCCUAGGAGUGUUUACCCGAGUUAAACUUAGGGUUUCUUUCUUCUCACCAAUUCUUUAUGUUUCAAACCAAGUCGUUCCAACAGAAGGAUCUUAUAAUCAUGUGAUUAUAAGAGCAGCGGGGAAGGCCCUACUGUGCGCCAAGCACUUUGUACCUGUAACUAACGCAUUCAUCUCGCAAAGAUCGGUGCCUGUCAUGUGCCUGGUCCCGGUCCAGGCACUGGGGGGAGUCCGUGGGGAGUCCGUGGGGAACACCUCAUGAGCCACAGUGUUUCUGCCCAUUUCCUUGGUCCCGUGAUGCAUAGCCGAUCAUGGUGACAUUGUACGUCUGUGGAAGCGCGUCAGGAAGGAAGAUGAGGCGGGUAGCAGGUGCGAGCCUCAGGGUUUGAACUUGGGUGUGUCCUGCUUUCCCCCUGAGUGUGACCCGUGGACAGAGGUACCCGUCCCAGUCCUGGCCCUGCAGGAGGGCAUAGGGCUGGCUGGGGUCCCUGGCUGGAUUUCCACCCAGCAUCCAAGCCAGGGUUCUUCUCGGUGUCUGUGAUCUUCAUGGGCUCGUGGUCACCCCCUCGGGGUCUCGAUGGCAUCCAGUCGGGGGCACAGACCCCAGUGCUUGCGUGGCACGGCCUGACCCACCGCACAACAUUGACAAGCAUGCUAUAUAAUAGGAAGCGGGAGCUGAUGGCUCCUGUGACGUGUGGAAAUAUUUAUACGGUCCUUACUCUUCUAUGAAUGCUACCUAUCAAGGGACAAGUCUGAAGUGUGUGGGGGCCCAGGGAAGCGAGGAACCGGGAUGAUGUGGGCAGACCCUCGGGGCCUGAUGGGGGCCAGUAGACGUCACGGCUCCAGCCCACUCACGAGCUGCCUCCGGUGCCACCGACAGUGUCUUAAUGAGCAGUAAUGCAUUCAUCGCCUCUGAAGAGAUGACAGGACUUUCCUCUGGGCUCAGUGUUCGCUGAAGUUCUCAGGUGGCACCUUCAACACUUGGAAAUUAGAAUUCGCUCUGGGCUUGGAUUUUUCUCCUCCUCCUCUCCUUCAUACUCGUGCCUCAAUGUCGGUCAAGAAGCAAGUGGACCCGGAAUGCCUGCAGAAACAGACGUGCACAGUCUAGAGUUUGCAGUGAGGCAGGCCCCCACUCUGCCUCCAGCUGCCUGGCAGGUCCCCCCGCUUCCCCCAGAGCAGCUUCUUCGUCUCCCAAGGGGCCUGGUGAACUCUCUCCCUUAGAGCUUUGUUCAGGGGGGGUGAGGCGAGCUGAUGGGUGCCAGCAGGCAGGCCGGCCGGCCAGGCCACGCAGUGUCUCCGCGUCUGUCACCCGGAAGGUGGCCGGACCUCCAGCCUCUGGGAAAUCAAGCGGAAGACGAAUUGAUUUCCCCUCGCCACUUUCCGUCUUUGUUUAAAAUGUGCAAAAUGGUCCUUUUGAAGGAGAGAAAAAAAGAAAACGAGAAAGCUUUCCGUGCAUUCCCCUGUGCGGGUCUUUCAGCAGCCAGUGCAACGUGUAAUUUCUUCGCGCUGUGAAGGACACGCCAGGUCCUGACAGCAAUAACUUCUGCAGGAGGAUUAGAUCGGAGCCUCGCGUUAGGCUUUCAAAGAAAGCUCUCAUUUCUCUCUCAAGUUUUUAAAUGAGUUUCCGUUGAGGGAAAGAGAAUAAGCCAGGAUGAAUCGUCCUCGGCAAAAGUGGAGGCCCCUGGUUUCAGACCCCACUCCUCGGCCUGUAUUUCAUUCCGGACUCGUGUGGCAAUGGCUCAAAUUGCACAGGCAUCGCUUUGGAAGGCGAGUGUGAUUUCCGCCACGGGAUCUUUGUUAAUCGACUCUAAGUCAUCGUGUGGAAUAACUCAGGCACGCCUCAUCCGGGUUGAUGUGCCCUUGAGCUCAAUGACACCGGCAGGGUUUCCAGCUUGGCCGAGCUUGCUAAUGGGGCUGGGGCCUGCCUCAGCUCUGGCCUUUUCCGGCCGGCCCCGCCCUCCUCCCCUGCCCACAGUUCCAUUCUGGUUGCUCUGGCAGAGUGUGGCAGAAGGAGCCCUGAACUGGGAGCUUGGGCACCUGGGUUCUCUCCCCAGUGCUGCCCCUCCAAGGCUGGGUUCCCGUCCUGAGUGGGCCUCAGUUUCCCCAUAUGUGCAUUGAAGGAGUUGGAU